AAUAUAAUUAAAAAAACAAUGGAAAUUCCCAGCGUUGGCCCAUUUAUUAUAGGCAAAACCUUAGGUCAAGGAACUACAGGUAAAGUCAAAUUAGGUUUUCAUAAAAAUACAGGUUUUAAAGUUGGUAUCAAAAUCAUCAACAAAGAACUUCUUAUAAAUAAACCUUCAAUGCGUAGAAAGAUCGAAAGAGAAAUUGUAUUAAUGAAACUCAUUGAUCAUCCAAAUGCAAUGAAGAUGUACGAAGUUUAUGAAACAUCAAAAUAUUUAUUUUUAAUUUUAGAGUAUGUAGAAGGUGGAGAGCUUUUCGAUUAUUUAGUAGAAAAAGGUGGUUUAGAAAGUGGUGAGGCUUUAUAUUUUUUUCAACAAAUUAUUAUUGGUUUAGAAUAUUGCCACAGUAGAAAUAUAUGCCACAGAGAUUUAAAACCAGAAAAUUUAUUAUUAAGCGGCGAUAAAAGAAUUAAAAUUGCUGAUUUUGGUAUGGGUUCCAUUGUUCGUAAAGAUAUGUUAUUACAUACCAGUUGUGGAUCACCACAUUAUGCCAGUCCUGAAGUGGUCUCUGGUAUUGAUUAUGAUGGUCAAAAAGCCGAUGUUUGGAGUUGUGGUGUAAUUUUAUAUGCAUUAUUAACUGGUAAAUUACCAUUUGAUGACGAAAAUAUUAGAAGAUUAUUAAAUAAAGUUAAAAAUGGUGCUUUUUCAAUGCCACCAUAUAUUCAUAAAGAUGCCCAAGAUCUUUUAACCAGAAUGUUAACAGUCGAUCCAAGUAAGAGAAUUUCAAUUAAAGAAAUUAAAGAACACCCAUGGUUUACAUCAAACCACAGCCAAUUCCAAAAAGCAUCACCAGUAGAAGAAAUUAAUGCAGAUCCAUUAAUUGACCAAUCACAAAUUGACGACGAUAUUUUUAGAAGUCUAAUGGCACUUGGAUUAGGUUCAGCUGAAGAAGUUAAACAACAAUUAGUUUCAAAUCAAAAACAUGUUUCUCUUAUUUACUAUAGAUUAUUGGAAGAAAGAAAGAAAUUCGAUAGCGAUGUCAACAAAUAUGGUUAUAAGCCAAAGGAAGCAAGAAGAAACAGUUUAUCAGAGAUUUCAUUGAAAAGAAUUUUCAAUGGUAGCAACAACAAUAACAAUAACAAUAACAACAACAGCAAUAACAACAGUAGCAAUAAUAGUAGUAGCGGUAGUAAAUCAAAUGAUUCACAACCAGUACAACCACAAUUUAUUCAACAACAACAACCCCCACAAGCUCAUCAACAAUCACCAUCAAAUUCAUCAUCACAAGAGUCAAUGCUUACUAAUAGUGGUAGUAGCUCAAGCAGUAUUGGAAGCGGUGUUAGUAGUAGUGGCAGCAGUGGUAGUUUUGGUAGCAAUAGAUCAGAAGGUUUACUUAAACAAGCUUUACAACAACAUCACCAACAACAACAACAACACCAACAAGUUCAACAACAUUCACCACAAUACCAACCAAUGCAAAUUGAUAAACCAUCAAGUGGUAGUGUUGGAUCAUCUUCAAGCAGUCCAGUUAGCUCAACAUCAUCAUCCGCUUCAACUUCACCACAACUUCAAUCAGUUAAACCAGAUCAUUAUCAAAGAAGAGGUAGUAUGACAGCCACUACUAAUCCAGCAACUAGUCCAACCAUGUCACACAGAGGUAAAACUUCAUCACCAAUCGAAAUUACAUCCAAAGUUAGAAAACUUAAGAUUAGCGAGUCAGGAGGUGGUACACCAGGUUCACCAAUUAUUGGUAGUAGUCCAAAGAAAUCAUGGUUCUCUUAUUUCUUCUCUAAAGGUAAUAGCAGCAACAAUUUAAACAAUAAUAAUCAUAACAACAACAACAGUGGUAAUCAUUCACAAGCUAGCGGUAACUUUGUCAUUGAUAGUAAAAUUGAUGUCAAUUUAAUUUAUGUAAAUUUAGAAAAGAUAAUUAAAAAAUAUGGUUAUGAAUGGAGAUAUCAACAAUCAGCAGCUCCAGGUCAAAGUGUUAAUCAUUGUUUCAUUAGAUCACACUCCAAUAAUCAUGAUGGUACACCACAAUUCGAAUGUGAAAUCGAAAUUAAACCUAAUCCAAUCGGACAACCAAUUUUACGUAAUAAUAAUAGUAAUAAUAGUAUUCCACCUCUUAAUUUGAAUGGUGGAAAUAAUAAUAAUAACAAUAAUAAUCCAUCAUUUAAAUUACAAAUUAUUCAUAAAUCUGGUUCUCUCCAUAAAUUUAAUAACUUCACAUCCUCAUUGGAACAAAUUUUAACCAAUUAAAAUUAAAUAAUAUCAAAAUAAUAAUAAUUUUUUUUAUAAUAAAAGAAAAGAAAAAAAAAGAUAACAAAUAUUGUAAAAUAUAUAGUAAAAUUAAUAAUAGUAACAAUAAAAUAAUAAUAAUAAUAAGAAAAAGAAAAAAAAGAAAAAGGUCAAGCACCAUAUAUAAUACGCAUAAAAACCAACAUCCUUUUUUUUAAAAUUUUUUUUUCAACAAAAAAUUAUUAUUUCAGAAAAAUAUAUAUAUAUACAUAUAUAAAAUAUAUAGAUUAUAUAUUUAAAAUUUUUUUACACAAUCAAAAUAAAAUUUUUAAUAAAUUCAAACCUUUUAAUAUAUUAACGGUUAAAUAAUAUU